AUGGCCAUCCAAGAUAUUGCCCUUUCAAUUGUGGGAAAAAUUGUAGAGAAGUGUGUCGAUCCAAUUUUGCGCCAAUUUCAGUACUUAAUUUUCUACAAAAGCAACGUUCAAACUCUGAGCGAUGACAUCAAAAUACUUGAGCUAAAGGAAGUUGAGGUGCAACAAUUGGUACGUCAAGCAAAAGACAAUGCUGAAGAAAUUAAACCAACUGUUGUCGAUUGGCUGAAACGAGUUGAGGAUGUCAAGAAAGAUGCACACACUAUUUCUGAGGCUAUGGAGACUGCUAAGGUGAAUUGCUUGAAUAUUGUCAGGCUUCCGAAUUUGAAGUCAUGCUAUUUGCUAGGCCGACGUGCGGCGAAAAGAAAGAGUGCUCUUGAAAAGCUUUUAGGAGAGGGGAAUUUUGAUAAAGUUGGAAGCAUUGCUCCAUUAGGCAAAAUGCGUUUUAGUGAAUCAACCCUAUCCUUAGAGGAAGGCUUAGUUUCUAGGAUGUCAACAAAGAAGGAAGUGAUGGAAGCUUUAAAGCAGGAGAAAACUAGCCUAAUGGCGAUUUGUGGUAUGGGCGGCAUAGGCAAGACUACUCUAGUCAAACAAAUUGCUGACCAGGUUAAGUUCGAGAAAUUGUUUGAUGAAGUCGCCAUAGCAAUCGUGUCUCAAAGUCCAGACAUGAGAAAUGUCCAAGAUCAACUUGCUGAGCAGUUAGGGCUGAAGAUAACAGAGCAAACUGAUAUUGCCAGAGCUAAAAGAUUGUAUACGAGACUGACCAAUAGUGACGAGAGAAUUCUUGUUGUAUUGGAUGACAUUUGGAAAGAACUUGAUCUUAAGAGUCUAGGAAUUCCUGUCAAAGGUGAAUGCAAGAGCUUAAAAGUCAUACUGACGUCUCGGUUCUCAGAUGUUUGUGGGGGCAUGGGAGCUGAAAUUUUUGAGGUGAAAGUCUUGCCUAUAGAAGAAGCAUGGCAUCUUUUUAAAGAGGUUGCAGAAAUUUCUGAUGAUUUUGCUUUGAGUGGUGUUGCAAAGCAGGUUGCAGAGGAAUGCAAAGGUCUACCUCUUGCAAUCGUUAUUGUUGCCAAGGCAUUAAAGAGCAAUCAUGCUCCAGAAUCCAGGGAUCGUGCCCUUCGGCAACUAAAAGAGUACACAAUUAGAGAACUAGAAGGAGAUGAAGAUUUAGUGUUUUCAAGAAUUAAGUUUAGCUAUGACUAUUUAAAAAGCGCUGAAGCUAAGUCACUACUUUUGCUUUGCAGUUUGUUUCCAGAGGAUUAUAGUAUUCCAAUCGAAUGUUUGGUUAGGUAUGGUAAAGGACUAGAAUUGUUCCCAGAUAGACGGAGGUUAGUAGAUGUAAGAGACAAGGUAGACACGCUUAUUGGUCACCUGAAAAGCUCCUAUUUGUUGCUAAAUGAUGCUGAAAAAGAAGACUCUGUAAAACUGCACGAUGUCGUGCGAGAUGUGUGCUUGUCAAUUGCAUCAAAAGACGAGCAUGAGUUCUUAGUGAGCAAUUCUGGAGUGGGAGAAAAGAAUUCUUACACGGCAAUUUCACUAAUAUCGCAAGAUUCCAAUCAUGAUCUACUUCCAUUUUGCAAGGAAUAUCCAAGGCUUAGGCUGUUGCGCUUGGUAUUCCGAUUUGGGAAAUUGAACCUACCAAGAGAUUCUUUUGUAGGAAUGGAAGCUCUCAGGGUCAUGGAAUUAAACAACUCGCCUAUUGAAUUUCCACUGUCAUGGCCUGGCCAAAUGUUAAGGAGCCUUCGGACACUGUGUCUAGAUUAUUGUGUAUUGGGCACUGGAAUGUCGUCAAUGCUUGGACACAUGACGCAACUGGAAACUUUGAGCCUCUUUAAAUCCAGAAUUCAGGAUGAUCAGUUUCCAGCUGAAAUCGGGAGAGAUAAAGAAGAGGAAAUAGGAUGCCUUAAAGAAAUCUCAUCAAUCUCUAACCUUGCAUGUCUCCAGAUUGCUUUUUAUGACCUUAGCGUCCUACAUCUAUGUUUGCAAGAAUUUGAUACUCAGAGGUUGUCAAGAUUUAACAUUGCAGUAGCUAAUCAUGAAAGAGCACUGACAAUGCACAGCGAAACCUAUCAAUUUCGAAAAAGCUUCGAGCUUUAUCUGUCAGAUCAUGGUGAUGAAGGGUUGAAACAACUUUUUGACCCCAAUGUUACUAGCAUUGUCAAGAGAACUGAGAAUCUCACUUUGGAUCUUCCUAUAUCAUCGUGCUUGAGGAAUCUUGUGCCUGACUUGGGUGAAGACGGGUUCAUCAAUUUGAAAAGGCUUCGUCUGCGUAGAGGACAACAUGAAUGCCUUGUUGAUUCUACCGGCAACCUUGUUGCCCGACAUGUUUUUGAAAAUUUGGUGUCCAUGGAUUUGAGAGAUUUGGAGUUGAAAGAAAUAUGUAAGGGAUUUCUUCCACCUGGGUGCUUCGGUCAACUUCAAGAGGUGGGAAUUUAUUCUAUAAGUGCUUUAGAGUGCUUGUGGAAGGGACCAGUCGAAUCUCCAUCGCUUUGCAACCUCAGAUCUAUUAAGGUAGAGGUUUGUGAUCAAAUUACAACUCUCUUCUCACAAUCAGCACUGAAAUGUCUGGUGAAACUCCAAAAGAUAGACGUAGUUGCUUGUCGAAAUUUGGAGAAAAUUGUUCUGAGGGAGGAAAGUCUGACAGAUGAGGUGCUUGAGCUACCCGAACUCAAAGCGUUAACCUUACGCUUUACAAAAUUUAUUGGUUUUGGAUCUGAAGAUGAUAAAGCCGUGGCUUUCUUUGACCAGGUUUCACUCCCCUGCCUGGAAGUACUAGAGAUUGCUUAUCCUGGUGGUGGCCCCAAACAACUAAUAGGAGGGAAAAUGCCUAGUGGAUCCCUCGACAACUUAAAAUACCUGGAGCUUGAGGAAUGUAACUCUAUCCGAUGCAUUGCCAAAGUUGAUACGGUUGCAUUAUUACAAAACUUGCAAGCACUUAGCACGUGCGAUUGUCAUGGGAUGGAAUCCUUUUUCGACUUUGAGGGUCUAAAAGAUCAUAAUACUCCAUCAGAAAAGGCAUUUGAAAUUCUUCCCAAACUAGAGUUACUGGACUUGCGUCACUGUCUAAGAUUAACCCAUAUUUGGAGGAAUUUUCCUGAAGGGGUUCGAGUAUUCCAAAACUUGAGAAGUCUAAAAGUAGAAGCCUGCUCUUUAUAUUGUUUGUUUCAUCCUCCUAGUGUGGCCACCAUGCUCAUAAGUCUUGAGAAACUGGAAGUUGAUAGGUGCUCAGGAAUGUGUGAAGUUAUAGGUAAGGAAGAUGAAGAGGUCAGACUAGAAGAUAAUGCUCGGCAUCAUGAUGUUGGAAAACGUAGAGAAAUUGCACCGGAAAGAACUAGCAAGGAGUUCGUGUUUCCUAAAUUAAGCUCUUUGAAGUUGAGAGAACUUGAGAAUCUUCAAAGCUUUGGGGGUAGUCAUCGGGAGGAUUAUGAGUUUAAAUUUCCCCUACUCACUAAGUUGAUCAUAUUUUAUUGCCCAAAGUUGAAGAAAUUCUGUUCCGGAAAUUUGGAUGCACCAUUGCUUAAGGAAGUCAGAAUAGGGCCGAGUGACAGGGAGAAUUUUGAAGCUCCCGUGGAUUUAAAGGUACAAAUUUCCUAA